GAGGCGCCAAUAGGGCCGCGGAAGCCUGCCGACGCCCGCCGAGGCCCGAGGCAGCGGUUGGAGGCCGGCGGCGAGUGUGUGUUUGUGUGUGUGUGAGCACACGAAGGCGCCAGGGCCCCGCGUGCAGACUGACCCUACCCACUAGGGGACACACUCCCUGAGGCGUCGCCCUCCCUGCUGCAGCAGCGCACAGACCCCAGCGGAAGCCCUCCCCAGUCCCGCCCACGAUCCCCAGGACAGACCGGUCGGGCCCAGGCCUCGCACAGCCCAGCCUCCUAGAGCCGAGAUGAGUGAAAACCACGCCGAUGACGAGCUUCCUCCCGAACUCGAGAACCAGUUCAUCCUGCGCCUGCCCCCGGAACAGGCUGCCAGGGUCAGGCAGAUCAUCCGUUCUGGAAAUGCCGCCAUGAGAGAGAGACUAAAGAUUGACCUGUCUCCGGAUGCACGGCACGCCGUCCUUCAGGUGGAUGACGUUUCUCUGUCCGCCAGGGUCGUUGAUUUGCCUUGUGUCAUUGGAAGCCUGAAAACUCACGACAGGAAAACCUUUUAUAAAACGGCCGAUAUUUCCCAGAUGCUUGUGUGCAGUGCCGAGGGCCAUCCCCGCUCUUCUCCAGAAGAACCAGCCCCUGCCGCCGGGGCUACGGCCCUGGGACACCAAGGGGAGACAGGGAACAAAUAUGUUUGGAAGCAUGGCAUUGCCCCACCACUGAAGAAUGUCAGAAAGAAACGGUUUCGGAAACCGACAAGAAAGCUCCCGGAUGUGAAGCAAAGUGAAGGCAGCUGUGGUGGCUACGUUGACUCGAAAGAUGUGGAAAAGGAAGUGAAGAGACUGCUGCGUUCAGAUGCUGAAGCCAUCAGCAGCCGAUGGGAAAUCACUGUUGAUGACGACACCAAGGCAGUCCAAAGUCCAGCCUGUAUUCCGGGGCUUCCGGUACCCACCGAAAUAAGUGGGCAUAGCUCAUCAGAAUGUGCUGUGCCUCAGAACACAUUCCGUGAUUCUAGCGGUCAGGAUGACGAUCAAGAGAAGGAUGAGAAUAAGGAUGAGGAUGAAGAGGAAGAGGAGGAUGAAGAAGAGGAGGAGAAGGAAGAUGAUUCUGAAGAAGAUUUGGAAAGGGAGCUACAAACCAAGUUUAUUGAGUUUAGCUUGUGCGAAGCUAAGGAAGGUCGUAGUUCAAUAAUUUUGGGAAUUCAGAAGCUGAUUCACUACAAGGAGAAAAAGCUCCAGAAGAUUCAGGGCAAAGCACAAAGACAGAAAGAUCUCCUUGGAAAAUUGGAAAACCUGACCCUCAAGAGUCAUUUCCAGUCUGAGCUAGAACAGCUCAAGUUGCAGGAGAAACAGAAGUAUGAGCAGAUCAUUUUCCUACAGGAGCAACUGAAAUAUUUUGUGAAGAAGUAAGAAGACUGACUCCAUCAUCCAGACUGAAGACUUGGUGAAACUGUACACUUCCCUCUAGUUACCGUAUCUUGAAUUAACAGUUUUUUUCCUUUGAACAUUUUGCUAAUUGUAAUGUUUCAAGAACAUAGUCAUGUAGAAAAGGACAGUAUAAAAAUGUGAUAAAAGGUUCCAGUUGAUUGUGGAGCUUGGCUUCUCUUGGUUGAGAACUCCAUGUAUUGCUUCUCUGUUAUAAUUCUAUCAGAUCAUUUAGUUGUGCUUAACAAAGGGAGACAGUCUAGCUUAUAAGACCCUACAGCUAGUUUGCAUUUGUCUAAACUGUUCAAAUAUUUGCUACAAUGUAGAAAAAAAAUUUCUAGGUGUGGUGGCCCAUACCUGUAAUCUCAGCACUUGAGAAGUUGAGGCAGAAUAAUAAGUUCAAAGUCAGCCUGGGCUACAUAGCAGCUUCCAGGACAAACUGGUUUACAUAGACCUGUCUCAACACAGAACCAAUACUAGAUUCUGUUGAGAUGAAGACUGCUUUCGUGCUCAGGGAUUUUUGUUUGUUUGUUUGUUUUGUGAGUAACUGAAUUUUGUACUAAUGUUGGCAGGUAUUAUCCUUAUUCUAAGUUUCUCUAUUCUAACCUCACUAGAAAAGAUGAGGAAAAGCCAGAUGCCUGUAAUGCUAUGAAGACUUCCUUAACAAUCCUGGGCUUGUUGGCAGUGUUGUUUUAAAGCUUAGUCUGUAUUCUUUAAGCAAAAAAUAAAACUUUUCGAAUGGAAAUAAAAGAAUCGCUAGACUGCU